UCCAUUGCAUGUGUUGCACCUAACUGAGGUGGAAUUUGGAUGGAGCCUUUUAGCGCAUACGCAGCAGAAAAAUACCGCAGGCCCUGGGUUGGACUCGAUGCCAGCCCGGAGUAAUAGGAUAUGGAGCAACCCUGCUGCAAGGCGUUGCUCCAAUGACGUAUAACCAAACUUAAAACUAAUCGAUCCAAACAGGGUUAGAUCGCCGAAAGGGCAGGCCUUGACCGGAUAAAAUCCGGGUCAACUCCGGUGCGUAGAACCGGCUGCUGUGAGAGUUGGUAAUUUCAGUUGGGAUAAUGACGUCGGGCACUGGCAUCGAUGACAUGUGUUCGAAAGUGAACAGCUACCUCCCCGAACUUUCUCGCUUCUUCUCUGCGAGGAGCCUGGCACUCGCACCCACUAAAUCCACGGCGACCCUUUUUACCAACUGGACGAAGGAGUACAGACUAAGUCUUAACAUUCAUGUCGAUGGCUUACAAAUUCCGACAGUAAAUAACCCCAAAAUUUUGGGAGUUACAUUUGACAGUCUGCACUCCUUCACUCCACACACGACUGCGAUAGUCACUAAAGUACAGAGCCGCAACAAAAUCCUCAAGUCGCUAGCCGGUAGCACUUGGGGGAAAGACAAAGAAACGUUGCUGGCCACUUACAAGGCUAUCGGCCGGCCGGUCGUAAAUUACGCAGCACCGGUAUGGUCGCCUGGAUGCAGUGACACGCAGCAGAAGAAGCUACAGGCGUGCCAGAACACUGCACUCCGCACAGCAACAGGAUGUCUCUUGAUGUCACCAAUGACACACUUAAAUAGUGAGGCCAUUAUGCUGCCUAUUAAGGAGCAUAAUGAACUGCUUACCAAGCAGUUUCUACUCGGGUGUUUUCGUAGAAAUCACCCUUGUAGUCACUUGCUGGAAGCAGAACCGCCCCCCAGGUGCAUCAAGAGAUCGCUCCUUCAAUACGUCGACGAACUAAACCCCUAUACCGACCAAACUGCGGACGCAAACAGUUUUAGACACGCCCUAAACGCCAUUCACAGUGGAGCUAUUAACACCUUCAUUGACUCCCUUCCGGUGAAUGGCGUCCUUAAAACCAAACCACCACCUAUAGCAGACGAAGAGCUCGAGUUGCCACGUGAAACCAGAGUGACCCUUGCGCAGCUUCGUUCUGGAUAUUGUAGCAGGUUAAACUCCUACUUAUCCAGACUGAACCCCGACAUUCAAAAUACAUGUCCCGCAUGCAACGAGUCCCCGCAUGACUCUAACCACCUCUUUGUAUGCCCAAUGAACCCUACUCAUCUAACACCCCUCUCCCUUUGGUCCAACCCUGUCGAAACAGCACGUUUCCUGGGCCUCCCGUUAGAUGAUUUAGACGACAACUAGACUUAGGCUUCUCUUUUCAGGCAGGGUUAGAUAACCGUUACAACAACAACAACAACGAAUACCACAGACGAUGGAACGAAGAGCUGUACACUUUAAACGACGACAUUGACAUAGUUCAGCGAAUAAAAAGACAGUGGCUACGCUCCAUUGAAAAUAUCAAGUGGAAAGUGGAGUGGCAGCACUUGGAAUUUCCCAAUGGCGUCAAAUUGCAUAACGGAGAGAUGAAUGGU